AUGGCCUCUGCCAAGCAGAUCGUUGCGCUGGCUGAGACUCUCGCGCGUGAGUCUGGGAUGACUACUAAUGAAAGCUCUCCAGAAACCAGCGCGGUGCUGUCUGAGUCUGCUGCGGCUCUCGGGAUGGUGACGACCAAAGAUAUGCUCAAUUCCGGAUCUGAAAGUCUAUAUUUAUCAGAACUUGCGCGUGACUUGGCCGAGUAUCUCACUGAUGACCGAAAAGGCAUUUUGCAGCGUGAAGGUGGAAUUAUGAGUCUAAUUGAUCUCUGGGCUGUCUUCAAUCGGUCCCGUAAUGGAGUAGAAUUGGCCAGUCCUUCGGAUUUUCAGAAAGCAGCGGAGCUGUGGGAAAAGCUCAAAUUGCCAGUUCGUCUACGACGAUUCAAAAGUGGCCUUCUUGUGGUGCAGCGAUAUGACUGGAACGACGAGAAGACUAUUGAAAAAAUUCAGGCCUGGAUGGAGGAGCUCCAGCGAAUUCCCCCCCCGAUGACCCUGUUCCCUGGGAUUGGUCCCUCUUCGGCCGGGCCGUUACUGCACAAGAAGCUGCGCAUCGGUUCAAAUGGAGCGUCGGGGUGGCUGCCGAAGAGCUGGAGAUGGCUGAAGAUCGGGGGGGUUCUCUGUCGAGAAGAAGGAAUUGAGGGUCUCCGCUUUUGGCGCAAUUAUAUCUCGUCCAGUGGAUACGGGGAUCUCUCCCGCCUUGCUAUUUGA